CCACACUCCAUUUCAGAAGGUGGCGCUAAUGCACCAAAAGCUAUUUGCCAACCGCCAUAAAACAUCAGAAGAAGAAGAAGAAGAAGAAGAAGAAGAAGAAGAAGAAGAAGAAGAAGAAGAAGAAGAAGAAGAAGAAGAAGAAUCAAAGCUAUUAACUGGUUAAAUUAUUUUCCAUGGACGGCGGGUGGCGCUAUAUUCUAUUUUCGCCUGGAUUUUGUUCCAGUAGCACUUCCGGGUUUGAAUGUUUACAACUGGGAGCAACGUUGAAACCACAGAGCUGUUUUCCUGGCUCAUGAAAACCACCACUUUCAUGUAAAAUAUAACAUGUACUUCAAGUGCUAGGAUUUAUAUACUCUUACGAUCUUUACAAUGGCACGGGCAGCAGGGCUCCAUCAUUGAGAUCAGCUGCUGAGAGUCCAAGUAUAUAAAAAAAUUAUGAAAAAGAAAAGCAGACGUCCAAAAUCAUCUGAGACUUCACGACAGACCAGUAGGACACAGACAAAAGUGAACGUCAGCGAGGAGAAGAGGCCGCCUGGAAACAGAGGGAGACCUCGGAAGACUGUCCCUGUAACCACAGACAGUUCCUACCAUGAUAACACUGCAAAAGACAAGACUGUUAACUUAGACUUCAGUGUGACAGCAGCUGAUGACACACAAAAACAUCUAGAGUGCAAGUCCAGAUCUUCAGCAGGUAGGCUGUCAACUGCUAUCUGUCGGCUCUGCCAUGGAAAGUUUUCUCCACGCAGCCUGCGGCACGCCUUCAACAAGUCGCCUCAGGAUUCCAUCGAUAUUGUUGACGAUGAGUCAGACGCCCCGGCCCAGUCCCCCCUUUUAUUCCACACAGACUUCCAGCGACUGGUUGGGGUCCAGCUGGACCGUGACCCCCGGUUAUCGGAGUUUAUCUGCAAGAAAUGCCACGCCAAGUUCUACAAGUGCCACAGCAUCCUGAUCAGGUUUCUACAGAGAGUCAACCUCCCGCCAGUUGGGAAAGUGAAUCUCAAAAGCCUGAAGAAUGCAAAGUGUCCAGAGUCCUCAGUAAACUGUGGUUCAACAACACCACAGUCCUUUACCUCAGACCCUAAGUGCCUCCACAGACUGGUGUCCUGGGCUCACCACCACGGAGAGGCCUGCCGCUCCUGCCCCAACCUGAAGGAGGUGUUGGAGGGCCAGUGCUGGGGCUCCGUUAAGGCUGUUUGGGGUUGCAUAGAUGGUCACAGAUACAUCAUGGACACUCAGUGCACCAACGUUACAAACCCAGGGUUAACAUUGAACUUUGGCAGUGGAGCGUUUGGGAGUGGCAAUGGUGAUGGAGUGAUGUCAGAGGAGGAGGAACAGGAACAGGAGGAGGAGGAUGGAAGAACUCCAGCAGGAAGUAUAAGCACUCUGGCUCAACACAGUCCACCUGCAGUCAUAGCACAGACUCAGAGCUCAGCGCUGGCUGACUGGACCGGCAACACUGAAGAUUUUACAGGUCAUGAGGAGGCGCUGUCUCCUGCUCCGGCCCAGCUGGAGGACAGGGCUGCUGACAGCGAUCUGUCUGACAGGGUCAUCUCCGAGGACGACUUUGAGGAGAGCAGAAAAGGAGAGUUAUCAGACGAUGAGUUGUUUGAGCCGUACUCAGACAAGAGAGCUCACAGGGUGACUGUCCCCAACAAGAGAAGACGAAGCCCGAAGGCCCCGGAGGGGCCCAAAAUCAAAAAGAAACCUGGACCCAAACCCGGCUGGAAGAACAAGUUGAAACCUAAAGGAGAGGAGCUGCCCAACAUUUACAAGUGUCCGUAUCAGGGCUGCACAGCUGUCUAUAGAGCUCCUGAUGGUUUGAAGAAGCACAUCAAGGAGCAUCAUGAGGAGGUGAGAGAGCGACCCUGCCCUCACCCUGGCUGCAACAAGGUUUUCAUGAUCGACCGCUACCUGCAGCGACACGUCAAGCUCAUCCACACAGAGGAGAGGAAUUACAUUUGUGACCAGUGUGGCCAAACCUUCAAACAGAGGAAACACCUUUCAGUUCACCAGAUGAGACAUUCAGGGGCCAAGCCACUACAAUGUGAGGUGUGUGGCUUCCAGUGUCGCCAGCGAGCAUCACUAAAAUACCACAUGACCAAACACAAGGCGGAGGCUGACCUGGAGUUUGCGUGCCUGAUGUGUGGGAAACGUUUCGAGAAGGCCCACAACCUAAACGUCCACAUGUCCAUGGUCCACCCACUGACUCAGGCCGAAGCUCACAGAGGCAGCAGCCAGCAGCAGCAGCCGCUGUACUCUGACCUGCACACCAUCACUCUGACUGGGGAGGUGGUUCAGCAAGACCAGGACAGAUGACGGCAGGGAGUCCAGGUCCAGGUCUGCUGCACGGGUACAUAAACUGCGGAACAGGGACCAGUUCUGACAACGUGUACUGUAGUUUCCAUUUUUUUCACAUUCAGAUCAUGGACUGGGAUGGGACCUGCUGUAUGGCUACUGGCUCCACUGGUCAACACAAAACAGAUGUUUAUCUCAGUUCUCUACCAAGAUAGCAAUUUUAGGUCAGCUUUUGUGUCCUAGCAACAAAGUCAAACUGUUGUCUUCAGCAUAAAUUAACAUUUCAGUGGAUAUUGACCAAUCUGCUGAUAAUUACUUAUGCACAGCUCUUUACAGUUUUCAAGAAUCAGUUUUCAUUCCAAAAUGAAUCUAUUUCAUUGUCAGGACAUCUUCCGGCCAAGUAUACCACAAGUUUAGGUUUUAGUCUGUUUUUGGGGAAGCAGCAGAUGUUCCUUCACAUGUAACAUUGACAAACGCUGCUGUGCCACCUGACACUCUGGAGUAAAGGCAUUAAGAAUCUUAGGAUCAAAGUUUCUGGGUCAACAGGUGGGACGUUUUGUUCCCACACAGAGCAUGAACUGAAUAAUGGGACUUAAUAAAAAAAAAACACACCGGUAUACUUCCAAUAGUUUGUGAGAGUAAAAUACUUUCUUCUAUCUUAAGGCAGAAUAGAUUUUUAAAAAGUUAUCCUGGGUUUGAAAGUUGUAAUCCUUAAGAUUUCAGUUCUGAUUUGGCAACACCCGUGUUUGUUUGUUUUUUUCCCACCUUUAUUUAUUCAGGGGGGAGUUUCACUGUGAGCAAUGCUCUCUUUUUCAGGAACGCCCUGAUCACAUUCACACAGUUACACAUUCACACCUGGAAGCUGCCCAGUACAACCACAGUCUGAUCUGCUGGCCACUGAGCAGCUCCACUGGAGCAGUUGGGGUUAAGGGCUUUGCUCAAGGGCACUUGAGUGGUGGUAGUGAGGGAGGGGCAAACGCUGCUUUUCACUUUCCCCACCAACUGUGGUAACAACAAACACUCAUUGAGCAGCUACUCUGACAGAAAUGCGACAGAAGAGCAGCUGGUGUAUCUGUUUACAGUGCAGCCAAACAAAGUCAUGUUGUUUUAAUAAAAGAGGUCCAUCAAUAAUAAUUACAACCACAAUCUGGUUUCAUGCUGCGCACAGUGAGAGUCGUUUUCCACACAACAGCAGGGCAGAAAGUUUGUUACCUUGCUGAGGAGUUGGAGUUGUGCAGCCUCUCUUUUCAUCUAGCAGUUGAUCUGUCCAAAAAAUGCCCCAAAUUGUUGUCUUCUUGACUCAUUUUGAUUAACAAUCACUGUCAGUGCUAACCUCAUUGACAAAUACAUUGCGUCAAUAAACCCCGUGUUUAAUGUGAAGCAGUAGGAAAUGUUGGGUUUGCAUUAGCUGUAACUUAAUACAUCUUAACAGUAAUGCUGGAUUACAUGAUGAAUAGUUUCCUGUCAAUCCCACGUUCGUAGGUAGGCAAUUUGAAUUUUAAAAAAAACAAUAUAUAAAGAGGUAAUAAUUGAAUUUAAUACAUUGAAUGACUAUUGCUGAAAAAAUGGCAACCAAAAAUAAAUCAAAAACUGAAGGAUUAUCACUAUAAAAGACAACAACUACUUCUGGUGCCUCUGUUGCAGAUCUGAUGAAAAGAUGAUUUUACACUGCCUGUGAACUAUAUGGGUCUAUACAGACAUUUGUAUUCGUUAGCUGAAGUACAGAGUAGCAGCUAUAAGUCCUAUAAUGCAAUAUUCUUGUUACAUAAUUAUAUGUAAAGCACUUGUAUGUGCUGUGUAACCUCCUCACAGUGCAAAUUAGUUGUGUAGAAUGAUUUCCAAGAACAUUCACUUCAGAUUUAGUAGGUCACUGUUUUUAAGUUAUUACAAUGCUAAGUUCUCUUUUUAAGAGUUUAUCUCUGUAUUGUAAACAAUGAAAAGGGCUGUGUGCAUUAUGUACAGAAAGAAAAUGUAAAUAAAAUGUUGGCCUUUUUUUACAAA